UUCAUCCGGCUCUACACCUUGUUAUCUCAGAUUUUCCAGCAUCUGCAGUUCCUCCUACUUCUGAGUUGGAACAUUAGUUUGCCUGAAAUAACCUAUGCAAGGGAUUCUGUGGUUGAGAGGGUCAGGGACAAUACUGGGUUAGAUAAAAACACCAGCUCAAUGGACAUGGAUAUUUGGUAAUGGCACAGGCAUUGGCAGUGAGCUGUGACCCGGACAUUGUUGCGCCUGCGCUGUGACCCAGACGUUGCGCCUGUGCUGUGAGGAGGAGGCGGUGGUAUACGAGCGGUGCCGUUGUCAGGGAGCUGCUGUUGGUUGUGGGACGAUGCUGACAAGCAGGGCCCACGGCUUAGCCCUGAUUCUAUCCCGGGGCCUGCACGGACUGUCGGGCCGCGGCGGGAGGCUCAGCCCGGGCUUGCGGCUGGGAUCAAGUUCUGUGCGGCCUGUAGCCACAGUCUCAGCCGGUCUCGGGGAGGGAGCGAGUGCAAAGGCAGGCGCCCGGGAGCAGGAGGCCGUCCACAGCCGCCGUUAUCAAAGCCACAUCCCCAGCAGCCGGCUCCAGAAACUGCUGCUGGCCUCAGGAUCCGCUCUCAUGGCUUUAUACAAUCCGUACCGGCACGAUAUGGUGGCUGUACUGGGAGAAACAACAGGGCUACUGGCAAUCCAAAAGCUGCGAGACAGGAUGCAAAACCAUCCUGAGGGAUUCCAGAUUCUGCAGGAGAGGCCUCGGAUCAGCACAACCACCUUGGAUCUGGUCAAACUGAGAGAGUUACCUGAAGGCACAUUUGGCAGAGAGUACGUCCGCUUCCUUGAUGUGAAUAGGGUCACUCCUGACAGUCGGAUGCCUGUGAAGUUUGUUGAUGAUGAGGAACUUGCCUAUGUGAUUCAGCGUUACCGUGAAGUACAUGACUUCAUGCACACACUGUUAGGCAUGCCCACAAACAUACUCGGUGAGGUUGCAGUCAAGUGGUUUGAGGCAGUGCAGACUGGUCUACCUAUGUGUAUUCUGGGAGCUGUAUUUGGUCCUCUCCACCUGUCUCCCAGGAAUAUCCAGGUUUUAGUAACAGACUUAAUCCCGUGGGCUGUACGGUGCGGCAGGACAGCUCACUGUAUGAUGAACUUCUACUAUGAGAAUCGAUGGGAACAGAGUCUUGAAUCACUCAGAGAAGAGAUUGGGAUACUACCCUAUCCGACUGUUCAAUCAUAACAUAGACAUAUUGGGAACACAGAAGAGUGAAUUUAAUUGUGUGGAAACAACC